UGAGAAGUUUAUAAUGUAAUCCAGUAAGGUACACUUUUCUUUUUGUUUUCUCCAAUUGUUGCUUAUUACAUUUUUUUGUUGUUGUUGUUGAGCAAUAAAGGUUUAAAAUAUUAAACGUUGUUGAAAUAUUCAUCGGUGGCAUUACAAGCCUCCAUUUCCAAUGUGUGUUUACUGGGUGAAGACUAAGUCAUUGUACGACACGGCAGCUGCUCUGUGUCUUCUCCCUGACUGAGCUCCAGCACCUGCAAAGCUCCUCUGCUUACUCACCAUUUUUCUUCUGCUUGCUUGUCCUUGACUUAUUUUUGGACCGUUCUUGAGAAGUGGGGCAGACGAGCCGUCCUCUCCUGCUUUCUGUCGGUACAUAAAUACCGCCGCUUCUGUGGAGCAGGAUGUUAUUUAGGUGCUCAUUAGAGCACGUCUUGUUUGUGGAAAGUCCCUAUUUAUGUUGUCCCCGACAACUCGCCACGAAUGUAUUGAUGACACAGUAACAACUUGUUCUUGAAGUGGCUGGGUUACUUUUCAGUGAGUUUUAUAGUUUGAUUGGCCUUCAAAAGUCCCUUAAGUAGUGAAUAUAGUUUAACUGUGUGUCAUAAAGCUCCACGGAGGAGUUGAUGAGUGAGAUUGUUUUUAUUUGAAGACUGAAACAUGACAAGUGAAGGGAUAAAGUUGUGGCGAAGUUUAAAGCAGAGUAAUGUUUAAAGGCAAUAUUCCAAGCCUGGAAAGUUUUACAGGAUAUUUUUCAAUCCAUAAUCUUAAAAUGAAGACUAUAUAGUGCACUCUACCUACCAAUACCUGGUAGGUAGUGUGCCAGGUAUUGGUUGGACAAGAAGAGUAAUGCCAUUAGAACAACUUGUUGUGCACUCCACAUAUUCAACCAUUUGGGAAGCGUGGCAAACAGAAAUUAAAUUUAUAAAAACUGUAGAAAAUGGCCUUCCAGCUGACAUUUGGAACAAGGCGGUCUGCUCAAAUUUAGCUUUUUAGGUAUAAAUAUAACCACUGGGAUGGAAAAUGUUCUUUUUUUACACUUUAAUAUUUAUUGAUUUUUACAAAAACGGAAGACUGUAUACAACAGCCUUGAUAUUUCUUCUUAAAAUAAUUGUCAUUCAAACAUUCAUUAACAUUCAUCCUGAUCCAAUGUUCUUGAUUAGGCAGGUCAGGCUUCAACUGUAUUUAUAGUAUUUUGUGUACCACUUUGUCAAACAGAGCCUUUCAAUAGAAGAUGGUCAUUUCUUCUGUUGAGAUUUCUUCUAUAAUCCUGAUCCAAUGUCCUUGAUGGCCUCAACCAUCUUUUUAUUUUUGCCUUUUUACUUGUGGCCAGCAUUACCUUUGUCAGAAACAUAUCUUCUUUCCUUGCCACAUCUGUUGUAUUAUCCAAAUGCAUCACCAGUCAAGCACAGCCCAGAUUUUUAGUCAAUGUCGAUCAAACACGUUCCCAAUAUCCAGUUACUUUUGUAGCUCCCAAAAAUAUGUGAAUGUUUGGCUUUUACUUUUCCACAUUGUCGCCAACAUUCUUGUAAUGUAGAAGUCUGAUUACUUUUGAUUUUGGGUGUUAUAAAUAAUUGUGUUAGAUUUUUCCAACAAAACUCCCUCCAUUUGUCAUCUGGUAUUUUAAUCAUCAGAUGACAAAUGGUCAUAUGCUGGUAGAAAACUUGAACUGCCCAUCACCCUGAACACACUAGUCCAUCUGUGAAACACAGUUGUGGCACCAUACUGUGUCAAUGGCCGUCUUCAGCAAGGGCAGUAAGGCUGGUGAGAGAGGGACAUCAGGAUGCGGCAAUACUGGACAGAAAAACUGGUAAAACACUUGACUGGGGCAGAGGUUCUCCUUCCAGCAACAAAUCUAUUUCAAGGUACCACAAAGUCACUUAUUUUUCCAAACGAUGUUUUAAUACAAAUGGAGAUUGGUCAAAGGUAUUAUGUGCCCUUGUGGCCUUAAAUGUUUGGAGCAGUCAAAUCUUGAAUCUGGUUUAGUGAAACAUUACUGCUCUGCCGGAGGCAUCUGGUGCGUCAUCGAGUAAAGGCGAAGAAUGCUGUAGCACCCCUGGUGACAUGGCAUCCAGACUUUGGCAGCUCUAGAAUGGCAUGGCACAGGGAGUGGUGGGAGGCAGGGGGGAAUCCGCAUGUUUCCAUGGUGACGGUUCCUGCGUUAACAUCCCAGAAUAGCUCGACACAUUCUCUCUUUAUCCUUCCAUAAACUAGUCUGUUGAACAUCACUAUUGUGUUUUCAAUAUUUCACCAAGAUGGGUGUAAUUCAUAAAUACAGUUUCCACUCUUCCUCUUAUAUCCUUCAGUUUUCUGCCUCCAUGCUUUUAUUUUUUUUCCUAGUUGUGUCCCAAGAUUUCCCUUCUGACUUCCAUGCAGACACACACACACACACACACACACACACACGCUCACGCUCCCCUUUGUUGUGUCGGACUAUUUGGUCGCUGCAGAAACCAUGCCACUAUAUUUGUCAAGCGUUGACAUGAGAGAAGGUCACUGGAGCCUGAGCUAAACAAAGAGGAGUUUGGAAGAAGGUAUAAAGAUAGUAGGUGUUAACAAGGUGGUGAAAUAAUAACAGAGGUGUGUCUGAAUAAAAAGAAAUGAAGAAAAGAAGCCACAUAACGGAACUGUUGCUGAAAAGCUGAUGAUGGUUUCCUCACAGCUAUGCACACACAUCUUCUGUUAUCACACUGCCUGGUAAAGUCUUAAACCUUAUUUCCUACUUUGCUUUUAGCUGGACAGUGGUUAGGUGGUGCAACGUUCCUUGGAGCUAGCUGAAAUGUUGAGUCAGAAGUAUUUGUGAUUUCCAAAGCUCUCAAAGAAGACGAUACUGCGCCUGAACUGGCGUACAAAGUAUUCAUACCCAUUGAACCUGUAUUUUGGCACGUUACAAUCAAUAACUUUAAUUAAUCUUAUUGGGAUUACAUAUGUUGAGGGUGUUAUGAAUUGUAAUUUUGCAUAAAGGUUUAAAAAGUUAAUUUAUGACCAGAGCACAUUCUUCCAUAUGUUUGCUUAUAAAUUACUUUCUUUUUCUCACUUUUGAGCAAAGGUCAAAAUUAUGGAGAGCACGACUGUUAGCUAUUCUUUCUCCCAGAUGAGCAGCUCCUCCAAAGUUACAAUAUGUCUCAUGGCUGACUGUUAUUAACACUCUCCUUGCCCUGUCUGACAAUGUAAGUGGACAAAAAUCUCUUGGCUGUGCCUUUUCUGUGUUUGAAUAAUAGAGUAAACGAUGACAAGUGAAAUAACCAAACACCAGAAUGUCGUUUAGUUACGUUACCCUGCAUUUAAAUGUUAAAUGCGACAGAAUGCUGUGUCCCUUGAUCUUCAUGAUGAUGAUUGUUCACUAAAAGUUUCUUAACAAAACCCUGAGACCUUCACAGAAUAGCUGCCUUAAUAAUGACAUUAAAUUAUGCUCGAGUGACUGCAUUUACUAAUUAGGGAACUCCUGGGGACAACUGGCCUCUAUUUUGUUUAAUUCUGUUUUGCAGAGAAAAGAAAUUCAUGCCACACUUGUCAGAGUUUCAGAUAAAAAAAACACAAAAUAAAUAAAUAAAGCUCUUUUCUUUCCACUUCAUAAUUACGUUCUACUUUGUAUUAGUCUGUUACACAGUAUCGCAACAAACUGCGCUGACGUCUGUGGCUGUCGGAUGACAAAAUGUGAAUGGGAUUAAGGAUAAUGAAAACAUGCGAGGUACUUUAAAUGAUGUAUAAUGAAACAGUAGACCUGGCUGGCUGUUAACCGUAAGUAACUCCAGAGGUUCAGUGAGCUGCAUACUGCGAUAGUGGGAAGUGGGUAAUGUGCAUAGGUAUGAGCGUGUAUGUGUGUUUGGGUAUGCUGGAUCUUCGGGGGCUGAGUGGGAUGCCAGUGAAGGGAAGGGCAGUGGAUGGCUCGGCCCAUUCCUGUGAUUUAACAUGACACCACUUGCACUAAGACUGCGACAGCUGCACACGCACAUGCCGGCCAUUCUGUUUGUUGUAGGGGAUUACUCUGCGAUAAAAGCCCCAGUGAGCUGCAGCGUGGCUGGGGCAGAACUACUGUCCCCAUCCACCCCCCCUUCCUCCUUCCCCCCCAACUCCUAAACUUUUGAAAGCUUUCUCCAGGCCUCCAGAGCCCCCUGAAAACACAGGUGGGGCGCAUCUUUCUGAACCGUCAUGAAUGGGAGUAUUCUGCUGACCAUCAGCCAGGCUGUAGUGGUGUCAUAUUGCCGUCAGACAUCAAUCAAGUGGGUCUGCACUGAAGCUUAUGUAAGGUUCAUUACUCAACAGAAACGCCACAGCACUACGCGGACACUUUAUUCACUUUUUCAUCAUCAGUUAAUCCACCUUUACUAAGAUAUAACGUACUCAUUUCCAGUACUUUGUCUUGUUUCAUUGUCAAAGUUGUGAAAUCACUUGAAAAAUCAGUGUUAUUAGUGAGAAACAGACUGAUUUUAAAGGUCCAAUGAGGGGUGUUCAGUUAUCAUGGUGAUGGUAGCCAUUAGUCUCUGCCGACAGAUUAUGGCAUCUGCUGCCGUCACUAUGGUGACCAUAACCUCUGAGUUUGCCAGCCUUUAAACAGAAUGUUUUUCACAAGCCGUAGAGAGACACUCUGUGCAGUCUCAGCUGAGAGACAACAGAUGAUGGAUUUUCUUCACUAUAUUUUUCUCUCCUGCCUCCUGACAAAGCAGACGUCAGUCUGAGGUUUAAGGUUUGCUGACCACUACUCUUUGUCUGCUGUUGGAGAAAUGUAAGAUUUCAUUCAGUAUUGAUGUUAAUUAACCUCAUUAUUGAGGUUAACAGAUUGUCUUUCAAAGUGAAGAUGUGAAGGCAAAUUAAGCAAACCUCACAAUUACCCCAAAUUACAUCAGACAGACAGAACUAGUAUUACGUUUAUGGACCUGCAUUAACAGGCCUGGUCCGAUCACCAGAGUCGAGGUUUCAAAAUCAGGAUUUAAUUGGAUGCUAGGCAAAGUGGUUGAGUUUUCUCCAGCUCAAUAAAACAUAGAGAAAUACAGUGGUGCCCCUCCCACAUAAGAUGCUGCACAUUGGAGAUCAGCUGGUUUUGUUCACGAGAAACACACAUUUGUCUGGUUGGAACAAUUUCAGUUUGUAAAAAACUAAUGAACAAAGAGUAGGAUAGAUUUAAAUAGAAGAAAACAAGGUUAUGACUUAAAUAACCUUGUUUAUGUAGGUGGCAUAAUGACUAAGAUUAGUAUAACUGAACAUGGAUUUUUGAAGUUGGUCUGCUCUGCUGAAAGGGUUAAACUCUGUUCGGUUCUCAAAAGCCAGUGGGGAGUGUUGUUUAGCACGUGAUACAAAAAUAACCCCCUUUGUCUUCACUUUGUAUCCCCUAGGACCAGAGAGGCACCUGGAUUACCCACUGCAACUUGUGUGAAGUUAAAAUUUUAUUGAUGUAAAUACUUGCAGUAGCUUAUACAACUUUCAUUUCAAGGUUAAAAGAACAUUAUGAGUGAAAUUUAACUAAACCCCUUUCAACCUGUUUACUAGCAGAUGUUUUUGAAAAAUGUCGUGUCUGAAACGGCGAUAAGUUUGCUUGAGGAUAGCCAAAUAAAUUCAAAUAUAAAUGAAUAUGUUUUGGUACAUUCUGUAUAUUGUGAGAACUUCUUUUCAGCUAAACGGAGAUCAAACCCCCCUGUGCCCUUGUUCUGUCGCUGGGAUCCGAUCUCCCUGGACGGAUGUCCUGCUUCAUCCACCUUUGAUUAACGCUCUUUCUCUGUUGUUAUCUUACUCUCCUCUUUCAUAUCUGAGAUUUUCAGACGGCACUCAAAUGACGGCUCUCUGGGUCAGCGAUGAUCUUGAGGCUAACCUGGGGUGAGGAGGGCCGAUCCACCCGUCCCCGUCCGCCCCCACCCCGCCGUCCUCAGCUGUCCCGCAAUGUGUUGCUGCUUGUCACUGAGGAGAAGUGGGACACUGUUGCCAAUGACAGGGCAAUCCCUCCAGACACACACACACACAGUCAUAUGAACACAGAAUUGUAAACAACUGAGAAUUUAUUUCAUUUUUUUUUAAGCAUUAACAGUUAAGUCAGUAAUUUUAAAUAGAACAACUAUUUAUUAUAGGUGAAUGAUGUUUACUCAUCUGAACAUUAAUAGUUGUCACAAGAGUAGAAAAGGGAUUUGGUGCGAAGUCCUCUAGUAGGUAUUGAUAUUGUAGGUAAAAAUGUGUAAAAAGACAAAAAAUAAUUUUCUUAUUACAAGAAGUAUAAUUUCACACUAAAGUAGUGUGAAAAAAUGUUUCAUCUAAAUUAUGAUUUAUUCAAAAUAAGCUUCACAUUAAGAAUAUACUUUUUUCAAUUCGCCUGUAGUACUUUAUAUAUAUAUAUAAAUGUAAGUAUUUUUUUAGAUGACACAAAGUUCUCUCACAAAUGAGAGACACGUAAACAUGCCAUUUUAAAUAAGAGUUAUGUAUUUUGAUCUUUAUAAAUCAGGACAAGAGAAUACAAGAGAAUAGCUCCUACCUCCCACAGGGACAUUUAGUUACAAAAAUAUAGUAAAGAUGAUGUUACCUUCUGUGAACAACGUGAAACUGAGGCUGAAAAAUAAAAGGUGAAAAGACAUCUCCUUAACAGAUGUGAGAUGUUUCAAGAACAACGGAGGGGGGAACAGUUUUAUUUCGCUUAUUUGCAUUACCAUGGAAAUGUUAUGUCACAAGAGGCUGACUUGUUUUUAUUCAGUGGGUGAUUUUAGUCUGUCUUACUUUCUAGCAUCUUAAGGACUACGUAUGUUCAUUCUAGUGGGGAGUUGCUUGCAUGUUUGAUGCUCCAGCACACGCUCGUGCACACACUUUCUAAGUUUUGCUGACAAUGGAUUAAAAUUACAGAGGGUUAUGAGUGACUCUGACACACUGUGGACCCCCUCCCUGCUUCACCCGUGAGUCCAACACAGGCGUCUUUGUGCUCCCUCCACCAUCAGUGAAGAUCCAUCACAGACUAACCUGACAGCCAACGGCAGGCCUCUGCCAAGCUCCAGCUGCACGCUCUGCUUCAAGCCCGACGCCAAAACUUCAACUGUACACACUGAACAUCCUGCCGGCUCCGGUGAUAUCAAUACUUGAGCUAAAACAAAACAUCCGUUAUCGCUAAAAAAAAACUGAAACGGUUUACAUGUUUUAUUUUCGCUUAAUUUUUUUUUUUUGGAAGAUCAAGAAUUUACAGAGAUGGGUCAGGAAGGAGAAACCAACAAAAACAGGGAGAAAUAUUGUAUAUGUAAAAUUUUACCUAUUAUUUCCACAGGUAAAACAGAAUUUCUAUUUUUUGUGCACAUUUUAAAUAAAAAACUAAAUAUUGACUGAUUCAUGUUUGGCACUUUCUUCUGCUCCACCUUUAGUAGCACCGUAUUGGAGACCUUUGUUGUAUUUUUAAAAGUUAAAUAUGGCCCCUUUCUCACUCGAUGGAGGAUUCCAGCUGCUCGAGAGAUCAGAGCAUCAUUUUUGUCAUAUUUCUCAUUGCAUAAAGCGAUGCAUGUUUUCUAGGUGUGCUCUGCAGGGAGGUUGUAUCAGGGAGCAAUCUCUGAAUGCCAUCCAACCUUGAAAUGCUAAGAAUAAACUUUGGUUUUCACUUGUUGAAAUAAUUGAUGCAUACAUGAUCAAGAUGUAUAUAAAAAAUAAAUAAACUACCUGUGCGCCCUUGAAACAUGAGAUAAUUUUUAAGCUGUACAAUUUUAGAUGAGAGCGUAAUUUUUUAAAACAGAGUCUUAGUUGUGCCUAUUUCUGUCUGAGGUUUCCAUGUCAUUCCUGGAUAUGAAUUUGUUUAUUUCCUUUCAUUCUCCAAAGAGACGUUUGUGAAGUUAAGCAAUGAUUGUAAAAUUGACUGAGUAGGCACUUAUCGCUUCAGUCAUUUGAUUACUUACACAUACGUUACACGAAUUCUUAUUAAUCUAUUGUUGGAUUUUAUAAGAAAGAACUGGUGUUGCAGUCUGACGUAGAAAGAGCAGAAUGGCAAAAAUUAAAGAUAAAAUUAAUGAUUACGUAAAAGAGAAGCUGAACAAAUGCUGCAUUUUCACUUUAAAAUAAAACAGAAAACUAUCCAUCCAUUAUUUUACACGCUUAUUUUUAGAAGAGUUAUGAGAGGUGCUGGUGCUUAUCUCCAGUGGUCAACGGGGGAGAGGCGGGGUGCACCCUGGACAGAUUGCCUGUCCAAAAAGAAAAAUAUUUAAAAAUCUUCCUAAAACUAAUCGCUAUGUAAAUGCUUGCACUUCAUUUACCACAACUUUCACCACUUAUUAAUAUGUGGUGUAUUGUAUUGUUGGUUCUUAGAAAAAACAACAACAUUUGUUCUGAUUUUCCAGUUUCUGUUAGUUUUUUCAUUUAUGCCCAAUUAAUGUGUCACUAAAAUGUAAGAAUUUUCGAGAAAGGCCAAUUGGUUCAAUAUACCUCUCUCAAUUUGCCACCAAAGUGUUUGCAUGUGGCUGCUACAAAAUACCGCAUCCAAAUUCUUCUGCCACCGGCAAGCAUUUCCUGUUAGCUAUAAGUGUUACAGUGAUAAAUCUACGACAGUGAUACGAGAUACGCAGGGAUGUAGCACAUCUUAACUGGUGCCUGUCAUUCCGUUGCGGCUUCUCUGCUGCUGGAAGUGUGUGUUUUGGCUAUGCUUCCAUGCUAGCGGAAGCCACUCAGAAUUAGCUGCUGAGCUAUGAGGUAAGACGUGUUCUGGGUGGAUUAACACCUGCUGGCUAAGCUAAAACUAUGACCGACUGGAAGAGGUCAGGAGAGCUAAAGCCAUUUCCUCUGCACAGUGGUCUCAUUUUUACCCCUUGGUUACAAGUAGUAAAUUGAGCCAGACUAAUUUUGGUGCUAAACUUACUUCUCUGUUCAUGCCUGCCCAGACCUGCUAUAUACAGAGCUCAGAAGUGACACUUCUUGCAUCACAUUGUGCAAUCCCCUUGGAAGGAAAAUAAAAGAAUAUGAUACCCAGCAACAAUGUAAUGAGCUUCAAAGAGUUCAGGAUUUUUGAAGUAAGGUUCCGUCAAAUUUUAUAAGCAGUUUAUAGCUUACCUACAGUAGAUAACUCUCACAGCUUCUUUAUUAAGUAUGAAUCCAUAUUCAUUAGUUCCUGAGGAUGAAACUAGAGGCUCGCGCAAGAAGGGCUGCGACCAAAUUCAAACUCUACCAUCUUAAAAUAACUCUAAUCUUAAGAAUGUCAUUACAAACCUUUAGAUAUUCAUCACAUUUGCAGCAGAAAGGUUAUUUAUCUAGGAAAAAAUUAUUGUUUUAUUGGGAAAUUGAGAUUCCCAAUAAAACAGCAAUUAUUUUCCUGUGUGAAACACUAAGAGAACAACUAAAUCAAGUCAAAAUAAAGAUAAUUCAAAAAAUCAAUAAAAUAGGGUUCCCAAACACAGCUAUAGAAUUAUUGCCUAUUUACACAGCUUUAUUUUUACUCUGGUUACUCGGACCAGAAAUGUUUUACAUGUUCCAUUCUGACUAUAUGUUUUACAAAUGGGGAUCAAAAUAUGGCACCACCUCCAUUUUUUUUCCCACAGAGAAACCAGAAUUAUAUUUUACUUUUAAGAUGUCAGAAGUACAAGUACUUCAGUCUGCAGGAUAAACAAAUCUGGAUGUCUUAAAUUACAUUUUGAUGAAUUGUUAUUAUCUCACUCUCACCUACAGUCCACAUCUCUCUUGAUGUCAUAGUGGUGUUUGCAAGUGCUCUUUUGUAAUAUUUGCACAGAUUAUAAAGAUUAAAGCCCUUGAAGUAAAGGUAACAAUGAUCUUCCUGUGUCAAAUACAUAAAUAGAACAUCACAUGUAAUUCCCGUUGGAGUAAGUAACUAAUUUAAAAGGAUGGCAGUGAAAAAAAAUUCAUUUCAAACUGGACCAACUUUAGGAUUGGUCUGUAAUUUACACAUAAUCUGAUUGUUAUUACUCAGAAAAUGGUGGCAGGAAGCAGUACUCCACCAGUGAUCUUCUUGUAUGAAGCACAAAUGAACACAGUCACAUCUGAAGCUUUUGCAGUCAAAAACAACUACCAAAUAAAAUAGUAGGGCACAGUAAACACUCAUAAAAUAGUUUAAUAUUUUGCCAUUCUCACAACUUUCCUUUCUCUGUCAAAUUAUUUCUCUGAAUGGGAGUAUUUUACACGUUUCUUACAGGAAAAUUGCUAGUGGCGCAAACCCUUCAAACUCCAUUUCACGUUCAAGUAAUCGACAUCUUCUGUGUACAAAAGUCCCCAAUGCAAAAGCGGCAACGUUCAUAAAAUACUGAUCAGUGUUGUACCACGAAAAUAUGCUUUUAUCAGAUUAGCUGUUUGCUUGAGGCUCUAAGAACAACUAAUCUGACUUUAUACAAAAUGAAGAGUUAUUUCUUACAGGUAACAUAUUACCUAUAACAACCUUUUCACAGCCUUUUCGUAGAAUCUCAUUCAAAAAAUUACUCUCCCUGUAAUGCCACCACGUUUACACAUUAUCACGGAUGUUCAUUGUGAACCUGACAUUGCCUUUGUGACCUAGUUUUGAGUAAGCAACUAUCUCUGGUCACAAACAUCUUCUCGUCACUACAAAUUAUUCGAUCCUAGUAGAGGUGACAGCUGCGUCAAGACGCUUCCUACCACAUUGGCUCCCCCCACCCCGUCCCCGUGAAAAAGCGCCUUUUUGUUCCGCGUCAUGGAGGAGAACGCAAGUCUGGGAUUAACUUAUUAAGGCCAACAUCUUUGAUCUGAGGUUAUCUCUUCCAUUUCCACGGCAACUCGAUCGCACUGUGGCUUCUUAGCGCACACGCGCGCACGCAAGCAAGUGCUCAAACCCACACACUGAAACACAUGAAUGGGCCUUAAAGCCCUAGAGAGCAUGGCCCAAAAGAGAUGUGAAGUGUAGAUGUGCAGCAACAGCUAACCAUCGUGUCAGGUUUCUGGGGGCUCAUGCUAAAUUUAACCCUGUGAUCCUGCAGAAGGCAGAGGGGUUUAAAUGCCAGCCUACAGUUGCUCCACACCAGUUGUUCACCACACGUCUUCCACUCAUCGCAAACUCAGGCCAAGGGGAAGACAGCGCACACGCGUACAGUCCAACACACAUCCCAGAGGCAGGAACGAAGACCACUCACUGAAGAGCAGCGACAAACGAAGCAGGGAUUGUUGCCCCCUUUACAUCUAGAGCACAACACGGGCCAAUAUGGAGCUCUUUGAGACCAACCCAUACUUCUUUCCUGAUCAGCGAUUUUAUGAAGGAGGGGACAGCUACUUCCCCUCUCGCCUACCUGGGACAUACGACCAAGCUGGUUACCAGGACAGAAACUCCAUGAUGGGCUUGUGUGGGAGUCUUGCUGGAGGUGCCAGCGUCGGAGUCGCAAGUACUGAGGAUAAAGCGUCUCCCUCCAGCCUGUCACCUCAUUCUGAGACCCACUGCCCCGGUCAGUGCCUGCCCUGGGCCUGUAAGCUGUGCAAAAGAAAGACUGUGACCAUGGAUCGCCGGAGAGCAGCAACGCUGAGGGAGAAGAGACGCCUGAAGAAGGUGAACGAGGCCUUCGAUGCUCUGAAGAGGAGCACCUUGAUGAACCCCAACCAGAGGCUGCCCAAAGUGGAGAUCUUGCGGAGCGCCAUACAGUACAUCGAACGGCUACAAGCUCUGGUGUCCUCUCUUAACCAGCAGGACACUGAGACGGGACAGCAGGGACUGCACUAUCGACCCACCCCGACCCAGCCCAGAGUGUCGUCAUCCAGCGAGCCCAGUUCGGGGAGCACCUGCUGCAGCAGCCCCGAGUGGAGCAGCACUCCGGAGCAGUGUCCGCCGAGCUACAGCGAUCUCCUGAGUGCUGCUGAAUCCCCUGAGCAAGGGAACAUGCAGGCCUUGACUUCCAUUGUGGACAGCAUCUCUGCUUCAGACGGAGCUGUGGCCUUUCCUGUAGACAUUCCCAAAUAGAUCUUUCAAAACAGAUGUAGAUGCACAGAGAUCCGUAAAAUUAUAGAGGAAAAAUAGCUAAUCGGUGAUGCCGUUUGACUGGAGUACUUAUUUUGUUUUAGUGAAUCUACAAACUUUGGUUUUCUGUCUUAUGCAAACGAUCAAAAAUCGGAAUUAAUGAAUUAUCAUCGCAACUCUACUGGGUCUACUGGCUAAACUGAAUUCCUCCUUUUACAAUGAGGCCUUAUUCCCUGUAUUACAUGCCUUAUCCUGUGGUCCAGUCCUGUUUGUCAGAGCUACAGAUGCUCAGUCUAACUUGAGAUUCAAAGAUUCUGCUGCAUGAACCCAAAAUCCUAGUUAUCUCAGUGAAUCUCUGUUGAACCUUCCUCCAGACUCACAGAUGGAUUGUAUUGUUCUAACUUAAUUUAAAUUUUCCUCCGUAUCUUUGAUUCUUUUUGUGUGAGUUUAAUGCUUUAAAAAAAAAAAAGAAUUUAUUUGUGGGGCCAAUAUGUACCAUGGCAGUUUUGACCAAGAUCUGCUUAAUUUAAACAGGUUAUAAAUGCUUUUGUUGUAAAUACGUUCCCCUUUUUUUUCUACAGAGUGGUUUUGCCAUUUUAUUUUUUAUCUUUGCUAACUUAUUUUUUGACUUUUAUAACUAAGAUUGUUGUGUAUUUGUAGAUGUUCUGAAAAGUGAUAUUGUUGUUUUAAUUCUUGGAAUAAAGAUGGUUUUCAAUAA